AUGAGUCGAACGGGUAUAUGGCGAAACACAUGGAAUACCUUUUUGCAAUCUUUUAAACGGAAUUCUGUUGGAAUGAAAAACUUUAUUGGAGAAGAUUCAGUUGGCAAUAAAUUUUAUGAAAUUUGUGAAGGAAAAAUGCAUAAAAUCAAGCGUAUCUAUGAGCCAGCACCAGAAAUCGACAUUAAGCCAUCUCCAGAAUGGGAAUCGUGGCUGCGUGGGACUCGGCGAUUCCCUCCGAGCUCCGAAGAAUUAGAAAUCAAUCGUUUAAAACUUGAGGCGAAAAACGAAAAAUUAUCAAAUAAUAAGAUACCGGAAGUUGAUGCGACAAAAAGUGGUGAAUCAAAGCAAUUUCCUUCAUAUAAAGAUUUUGAGAUCCAACCUGGCGUGAAAAAAUGA